UCUGCCAGAAUCUCACAGCGAGCAACGAGCGUCUGCCGGUCCCUCAGCACACCGCCGAGCAACAACCCACCAGACAGCAAGCUCGGACCCAGCACACACCUGUCUCCUCUGCACCGACAUCAAACAUGAGCACAUUCGACGAGAUCGAGGACCAAGAUGGAGUCCGUCUCUCCUGGAACGUCUGGCCAUCCACCCGCUUGGAGGCCACCCGCAUGGUCGUCCCCAUCGGCUGCCUGUACACACCUCUGAAGGAGCGGCCCAACUACACGCCGUUCCAGUACGAGCCGGUGGUUUGCAAGGCACCCUGCAGGGCCAUCCUCAACCCUUACUGCCAAGUCGACUUUCGUGCAAAGUUCUGGGUGUGUCCCUUCUGUUUGAACCGAAACCCCUUCCCGCCUCAUUACAAGGACAUCUCGCCCACCAACCUCCCCGCAGAACUCUUGCGCAACUUCACCACAAUCGAGUACAUCCUCAACAAGCCUCCGAGCCUGCCACCAAUCUUUCUCUUCGUGGUCGACACCUGCCUUGAGGAGGAGGAUCUGCAGGGUGUCAAGGCGUCACUCCUGAUCAGCUUGAGCAUGCUCCCUCCCGAGGCGAUCGUCGGUCUCAUUACCUUUGGCACCAUGACCCAAGUCCACGAGCUAGGAUUCAGUGACUGCCCCAAAUCGCACGUCUUCCGCGGCAGCAAGGAGUACAACGCCAAGCAGAUCCAGGAAAUGCUCGGCCUUGGCGUGGCGGCUCAGGUCCGUCCUGGUCAACCUGGGCCGCAGCAGCCCUCGGGCGCCUCUCGAUUCCUGAUGCCGAUUUCCCAGUGCGACUUCACCCUGACCACGAUCGUCGAGCAGCUGCAGCAGGACCCUUGGCCUGUCGACAGCGACAAGCGCCCACUUCGCUGCACUGGUGCCGCUCUCUCUGUAGCCGUCGGCUUGCUGGAGGGCGCCUUCUCCAACACAGGUGCUCGUAUCAUCACCUUCUGUGGCGGCGCCGCAACCGAGGGCCCUGGUAUGAUCGUCGGACCUGAGCUCCGCGAGCCCAUUCGUACCCAUAACGACCUUGAGAAGGACGUUGCCAAGCAUUGCAAGAAGGCCACAAAGUUUUACGAGGGCCUGGCGAAGCGUGCCUCCGAAAAGGGCUACGUCAUCGAUCUGUUUACGGGAUGCCUGGAUCAAAUCGGCCUCAUGGAAAUGAAGUCGCUCUGCACCCAGACCAACGGCUACAUGGUUUUGUCGGACUCGUUUUGCACCGAGAUCUUCAAGCAGUCUUUCCUUCGCCUCUUCCAGAAGGAUGCCGAAGGCCAUCUGCAGAUGGGCUUCAACGCUACGCUUGAUGUGCAGACAACGAAGGAGCUCAAAGUCAGCGGCUUGAUUGGCCCCGCUGUUUCUGGACAGAAAAAAUCUGGCUGCGUUGGUGAGACCGAGAUCGGCAUUGCUGGCACCAGCAGUUGGAAGCUCUGCUCGAUCACCCCCAGCACCUCGCUGGCCCUCUACUUUGAGGUUGCGAACCAGCAACAAGCCUUUGUGCCCGGAACCUACGGCAUCAUCCAGUUCAUCACUCUGUACCAACACUCGAGCCGCCAACACAGACUCCGCGUCACGACAAUCUCGAGAAACUGGGUCGAUGGCAACUCGCCCGAUAUCCCGCUCUCGUUCGACCAGGAAGCUGCUGCAGUGCUCAUGGGCCGCAUUUCGGUCUUCAAGGCCGAUAUCGACGACGGACCGGACGUUCUCCGAUGGCUGGAUCGCAUGCUCAUCCGACUCUGCCAGAAGUACGCCGAUUACCGCAAGGACGACCCCAGCUCCUUCCGCCUCCCCAACAACUUUGCAAUCUAUCCGCAGUUCAUGUUCCAUCUGCGCCGCAGCCAGUUCUUGCAGACCUUCAACAACAGUCCAGACGAGUCGGCCUACUACAGACAUGUCAUCAACCGCGAAGACGUCAACAACUCGCUCAUCAUGAUCCAGCCCACCCUCACCGCCUAUGCUGUCAACGAAGAGCCCCGCCCUGUUCUCCUCGACUCAGUUUCGAUCAAGCCCGAUGUUAUUUUGCUGCUGGAUACCUUCUUCCAUGUGCUGAUCUGGCACGGCGAGGUCAUUGCUGCCUGGCGUAAAGCUGGAUAUCACCAGCAGCCUGCCUACGAGUCGUUUGCUCGCGCUCUUGAGGCUCCCACCGUCGAUGCCAAGGAGCUCAUUGUCGGACGAUUCCCGAUCCCCCGCUAUAUCGAGUGCGAUGCCGGUGGCUCGCAGGCCCGCUUCCUCCUCUCCAAGGUCAAUCCCUCGACCACCCACAGCACCGGCCACACCGGCUAUGGACAGCCUGAAGCUUCCGGCCAGGCCAUCGCCACGGACGAUGUCAGCCUGCAAGUCUUCAUGGAGCACCUCAAAAAGCUCUCUGUUUCAGGGUCGUCGUGAGCGCCGCGGCCAUACAUUUGCGGCGAGCUGCAUCGCCAUCUGCGUGCAUCCAGCUCCCUGUGUCCUCCACUUCCAGAGUCAGCGGCUCCGGCACUGCCUCAGGCUGACGAAGAGUGCCCACUGCACUUGUUCUGUUCGCCCAUCCGUCCGUCCGUCCCCUUGCUGAAUACAGCCUCUUUGAGCGUUCUCGCUG